UUCAAAAUGGCGCGAUGUUAUGUCGAUUCAGACGGGUAAAUGCCAAGACAUGAAUUAUAUAUGUUUUAUCGCAAAAAUUUUGUUUGAAGGAAGAUAAAUAGACGAGUCUCACAAAAUUGCAAAGGAUACUUUAAUUCAUUCGUUUUAUAUCCACGUGAUAGGACAUGUUGUCGAAUCGUGCACAGACUUGUGCGUUUUCGCAAGGAAAGCUUUUGGAGAUCCAGACAUGAUAGAGCAUAUUUUGAACAGAAUAUGGCCGAGGAAACAUGAUAUGCGUACUCUGGAUUUACAUAUUACACAUCAGCAAGAAUUAUUCUGAAAGAAAAUGAGUGAAGGGAACCAAAGUCAGAAUUCCCCACCACUGCUGAUGAUGGGGGACCUGAUCCGCUACUUCGAGAGUCAGAGGCUCUCACUGGACAGAUAUGAUCAUGUGGGCUCAAGUUCCACAAAUUCCAGCAAUGACUUUAUCUCCUGCAUCAAGUUCAGUGGAAUACCAAUCUUACCUCCAGUUAUGACAGCAAAACGGAAAGAGGAGAUGAUGACCUUGAAACGCCAAGCCAAGUUCACCGAAAAGAGAAUCAAAUCUCGUCAACGCAGUCGUCUUAUGGCCAGGGCACAGAAUAUUGUUAAUGAUACACAGCCAACAGAUACGAGUGACCUGGACACGUUAUCAUCCAACUUUUCCCACUCCGCUGAUGACCAGAGCAUUACAAGGGAGCCUGGCUAUCGGACACACAUACCCCCAGGGACACUGACCUCGCAUCCAAGCACCUUGUAUAGCACCGGACAGGAUCACACGCCCCUACAGACACUGACCAACGCUGCAAUGACCUUCGCCACCAUGGACCCCCAGCUUUACUCAGGGGAUGAUCCUGGUUUGAUGACGUUAGACUCCUUGUCCUCAGACUUGGCUUCUUUGGAGGAUUUUUCCCUGCCUACAGAUUUCAGUGGAAUCCCGUUGACUUCGGUAAAACAGCAGCAGAUAUCUCAGACAUUAGCUCGGCUUUCGAAAGCUCUGAAUAUGAAAGAAAGUCAUAGUUUGAACUCCACAAGUAGUAGUGAGUUAAGCGAGGUUGGACAAGCAGCCUUGAAACUGUCCCUCGGUUCUCCUCAACCUUCUGUGGCCAGGUUCUACAAUCCCGCCCACUACAGCCAGAACUCGGAGACAUCCAGUGUGUUCCAUGAUAGUCAGGAGACAAUUGUUGAGGUGUCACAAGAUGCUAAUUCCACGUCUGGAUUCGUGAGCAAUGUCAACUCGGAUGUCCAGACAGAUUGUGGUGGACACUCUCCCAAUGACUCCGCCAGCACAACCAGCACAGCCAACACCAGUCACAGUUCGGCCAAUGUCUCAGUCAGUACGGUUGAUAGUCAGAAAAGUAACAAAAGCAGUCCUAAGUCAUUGAAGAACACUGUACACUUUGCCAAUUUUGUUACUGAAAUAACAAGACAGUCUGUGGAAGAUAAUAUAACUCUGAGGAAACUUGAAGAGACACCGACUAACAGCCCGAGAGGUCGGAGUCCCGUGUCACAGAGGACAGAUGAACCACCAGCAAGAUCUGAGGACAGAGAAUCGGACUCUCACCCAGUGUCAGGAGUAAGGCAGAAUGGAAGUAUGCUGAGUCGAGUCCAGUUCAGUCCCGAUGGGGAAUCUACUCCUUCCCCACUAGGAGAUCAAAGUGUUCCUUUCCAAGGAUAUUCACAGGAUGGGGAAGUAUCCUCUUCUGACAAGGAGAAUGAACAGAGGCCUGUGUCAAGAAGAGGCACACAGCCGAGCGCUUCAGUUACUUCAACAGAGUCCUACACAUCCAUUAGGUCCAGUGACAGGGUCGAGUCAAGUCAGGGAUCAUUCAGGUCCAGUGACAGGGUCGAGUCAAGUCAGGGAUCAUUCAGGUCCAGUGACCGAGUAGAUUCAAGUCAAGCAUCAGUUAGUUCCCACAGCAUUCAGCCUAGCGUCACCGACUCCUACUUCUCGUGUCAGUCAGAUAAUAACCUCAGUGAGAGCCAAGCAUCCAGUGUCCAGAAGAGUGUUUCUGAGUCACAAGUUUCCGUCAAGUCCAACUUUAUCACUGGGACAUCGGAAUCAGAGAGCAGCACGCUCAGGUAUGACAACAUGGCUGCUUCUAAGGAUGGAAGCUGUUUUUCUGGUCCUCUACCUAUUAAUUCAGCGAGUUCAGACAUAGGACAGUUCAUUAGAAACAUUAUUGGGAGUGAUGCUCCUCAAGUUGAUGUUAGUCAUGCAGAACAGGUAUCUUUUAACCAGAAAUCAGAACCAAGUGAAACAGAGAAGAAAGUAUCCAAGAAAGGACAUGUUCGGAGGGGUUCCUAUACUCUAAGCGAGCCUUCUCCAGUACUGCUUCGCUCACAUGGUCUCACUGUAGAAGCUAGAAGGACUCCUCCACCGCAGGUAAUGAAUGUACCUCCAGAUGCCGAGGAGACUGAUAGCAAAGUCUUACAGAGAAAGCUGGACUAUGAAGAAGUGGAAGAAGAGAUAAAGCCUAUCAAUAUUCCAAUGCCACCAGGUCCUGAAGCUGAUGCUAAGGUUGACCACAUUAACAGAUACCUGUCUCAUGUUCAAAGACAAAAUUUCACACAAGGAUUUUUCCCAGCAACUUCUGCAGGUGAACCUCAAGUAGGUCGUGAUGGGAUGGCGAAUGACAACGUACUGGACAGUGUGAGUAUUGUCCAGUCCCUCAUAGAGAGCAUGGAGUCCAUGCCUGAUGCUGAUCCUGAGAGCAUCCUGAAGCUCCACUCAAGCAGGAUGGAGAUGUUCCGGCAACAGAUGAUGUCUCAGCAGCGGCAGGAACUGGAGGAGCUGUUCGUACAGCAGCGGCGUGAGCAGCUCCUGCUCCAGGAGGAGGUGGAGGCACACCAACAGCGGCUGAAGGAACAGCAGAACUUCCUGGCUGAGAAUGCUCCGGAGAACAUGAAGAAGGGGAAGAUGUUAAGCCAGAGCAUUGGGGACUUGGAUCAGACUGAGAUCAAGGUGCAGAAUGUUUCCCAUCAUGGAUCACAUCAUGGAUCACAUCAUGGAUCACAUCCAUCACUGAGCCAUAAUGACAGCAGGAGCUCACUCAACUCGACUAAACAAGCUCUGUUUACCAAGAGAGAAGCUGCAAGUCCCAAAGUGUACAGACCUGUUCUACGUUCGCCGAUGAAGUUGGCACCAUUUCCACGUAGAUCAGGGCCGGUGGUUGUACCGGAUGAGGCCUUUGCUCCACACAUGAAGCCCAAGUUCGACCGAAUCAGUGCUGUUGCCAAAGGUUUUCUGACUCGUCGACUCGUGAAGUCUGAGAAGGUGCAGGAGCUUCUAGUCACUAUCAAGGAUACAAGAGACUUUGCCUUUUCAUUUUCGUCUGAGACACCAAUCAAAAGAGGAAACUUCACCAACCAGGACAGAGACUUGCUGGAGAGGAUCAUCGCACAGCUGCAGGCAGCUCUGCUGGAUAUUCAUGAAAUAUUUUUCGAGAUCCCGGUAACCGAGAGAAUGUCUUUGAUUGCUCAUACCAGAGAAGUACAAGACGGAAAGAGAAUCAAGGCAAGUGGGGGAAGUGUCCGGGCCUCCCAGCGAAGGAUCAGUGCUGCUACACUCAAGGCCAUGGAGAGGAAGAAGAAGGCCCAAGAAGCAGAGGCAUCUGUGUUUGGUUCUGUUCCUACCCCGCCCGCGAACAGCGCCACCUACAACCAGCAGUCCACGAGCUCACGCAACAGAUCUGAGUGGUCCUCUAAGACGUCACUUCCACUUUCUCUUCUCCAGGGCUCUUAGGCCACUUCAGGGACAAAUCUCGCCCAUCAGACCAGAAGGAAACUCACCAAG